UGUUAAAUUAGAGAAUUUACGAAAAAUGUCAUCACCAAAAACAGUAGUCCCAUCUGUCUAUAAAGUUGUUUUGAUUGGUGAAACUGAGGUUGGCAAGUCCUCAACGUUUAUUCGGUUUCGAGAUGGAAAAUUUGAAGAAUACAUAAAUUCCACUAUUGGAUUGGAUCAUACCACAAGAGAAGUAUCUUUCGAAACAAAAAGUGGAGCUAGUAAAAAAGUACAGAUUCAAUUAUGGGACACAGCAGGAUUGGAAAGAACUGGUCGCAUGACCAACAACUACUAUAACAACAGUCGAGCUGUCAUUUUGAUGUUCGAUGUAACUGAUGCAUCAACUUUAAACCGACUACAACUAUGGUACGAAGAUGCGAAUUUAUACUGCCGUGAGGAACAGGGCGCCGUUACAACAAAAUAUUUUCUAGUCGGCAAUAAAAUAGACUGUGGGCCGUCAGAAAUCGAAGUGAAGCCACAAGCAGCGCUUGGCUUCGCACAAAGAACUGGAUUGCCAAAAAAUCAUGUUUUUAACGUAUCCGCUAAAACGGGAAAAGGAUUGGAAGAUUUUCUACAAAAUAUAGCUCUGAUCUUAUCAGAGACGAGCGAGCCAACGCAACCUAAGAACGUCAUAUUUCACGAUUCGGACGAACACGAUGAUAAGUGUUCGUGUUAGGGUACAGAUAUUCGAUACAUCGCUCGUAAACCCUUUUUUACGAUCGCGUAAACUCGCAUAAACGCGCUUUUUGUAGCUUUUAACAGGAUUGUUUUUCUUUUAGCGUAAACCAGUCUUAAUUUCACAUUUAGUACAAUUUACAGCAUAUAAUUAUAAUACAAAAAGUUGCGACAUUUGAUACUUUGAAGAAACUGCCAUUUUAGUGAUUUUUGGCUCAAAUAAAAUCAUAAUUUAAUGUGUAUUUAAUUCUAAUCAAGAAUUUUACACAAUGAAUCUGUUCGGUCUUAGUUUUAUUUUUUCCAAAUGACUACACCAAGAAUUUUUUAAGGAUGCUUAAUCGCGAAAGUUUAUUCCCUUAAAUUAUGUUGUUGUGGGUGUUAUUCGCGAAAAUUAAUGCCCACGGAAUUUUUUUCAUUUCAUCCUUAUUGUUUAAGGUUUCGUGUCUUUCAGGUCUUUACAUUGAUUUAAAAUCAUGUGGUUUUUAUCGUUGCUCACUUUUUUUGGUACACACUUUUUUGAUGGUUAAUUUUCGCGAGGAAUCAUCUCAAAAGUUAUGCAAAAAAGAGCCAUUCACGAUAGUUAGUUCUCUGAUUUCGCGAUUUUUUGGUCUCGUGAACGUUCCUUUUUUUAAAGUAAUUGUAUUGACCGAUAAAAAAAUUGUCCUAAAGAGAAACAAAUUAUUUUUAAAAAGAUUUUCUGUGUUGUAGGAAGAUAUUUUUCUAAGAGCUUUCUAACAUUCUACGUAACUCUAGCUAAUGAUUAUAGAUCAAUAAGAAGAUACGAUAGAAUCCUUUCCUCCCACACUUUUGUGUUUCUAUAAUUAUAAUUCAUAUGACGUCAUAAUAACAAGAUUAUAUUCG